AGCCGCCGAGCAGGGAGACCCGGUCGUACGCUCGCCGGUCGAUCCGAAUCGCGCGUUGCCGCUGUGCUCUUGCUCUUUCCGUCAUCGACACGAGAGAGAAAGCUCCUGCUGGCGCCGGACGAGUCUCUCCGAGUCUCUCCGUUUUCCCCGAAGCCAGCUUUUUCCCCGUUCCCUGCCCCUCGCAAACGGCGCUUGAGAAAGGAUCGAUUUCCGAAGCCGCCUGGGGAGACUAUAAAAUGUUGGCCAACGUCGGGCAGAGUUGACGAGAACCUAUUCGUAGGGCACCGCCUACUUGACUAGCGCUAACCAGCAGGAAGAAGAAGAAGUAUACAUACGGACCCGCGUGUUGACCGAUAGCAGUCUAGUUCUCUCUGAGAACAAAGAAGCACGAUGGAUCCUUAUUCAUUAAGCGUGGAGCGGGAGGCAUCGAAGAACAUCGAGGAGAACGAGCGAGAGUGCUUUAAAGAUGCGAUCGUCUCGAGCCGCAGCCUCAACAAAGGUUUCGUCGAGCCGACGAAGCUUAGAAAUGCCCUUCGAGAGAUCGCUGCCUGCAUCAUCGCAGCGACUUUCCACAUAGCGGUGGGCUUCACCAUGGCAUAUUCAGCGACUCUCAUUCCUCAUCUCGAGAAGGAAGACGCGGAGCUGCAUGCCACGCAGGAGCAAACUUCCUGGAUGGCCAGUCUGGGCGUCGUGAGCGCGCCGAUUGGCGCCUUGUUAGGAGGCUUCCUGAUGGAGACGUUUGGUCGAGUGAAAACUCUACAGAUCGGUGCGCUUCCCACUGUGAUCGGUUGGAUUCUCAUCGCCAUAUCGACCAAUAUACCAAUGCUGCUGGUCGGUCGUUUGUUAACCGGACUGGCGACCGCUCUCGCGACCUCGCCAGCAAUCGUCUACAUCACCGAGGUAGCCAGGCCGGAACUGCGCGGCUCCUUGAUCUCCUUUGGACCGACGCUGGCGUCAUUCGGCAUGGUGCUAUGUUAUUUAAAGGGCGCUUACCUGCCGUGGCGGACGGUCGCCUGGAUCACUCUCAUCUACGGGAUUGUGCCCGUCGGCCUGGUGCAGUUCUUGGUACCAGAAUCGCCCGUUUGGCUCGUCUCAAAGGGCCGUCUCGAUGACGCCAAGAAAUCUCUGGCAUGGCUUUACAAAAACCAGACAUCGGAGGAGGGUAAGACGUCUGUUGCCGAGGUGCAAUUUAUCAAUAUUAUGAAGGAGAACGAAAUAAAAUUGAGCGAGCAACGGCGGAGCAAAUACGGCAACACGUCGCAUAAAUGGCGGGGAUUUCUCAAACCGACCGGGUGGAAACCCAUGGCGAUACUCUUCCUGUUUUUCUCGUUUCAGCAGUUCUCCGGAAUUUACAUCACACUGUUCUAUGCAGUGACUUGGUUCCAAGAAGUAGGUGCGGGCGUGGAUGAAUACAUAGCGUCGAUUUUGGUGGGUCUGACGCGUUUCCUGUGCUCCAUGGUUAACACUUGGCUAUUGAGGCGAUUUAGGAGACGACCAUUGUGCAUAAUAUCGGCCUUCGGGAUGGCUCUGUGCAUGAUCGUCUCCGGUUACUUCACGCUGAACAUCAAGAAUGGCGAUCGUAGCGGAUACUGGGUACCGGUGGCUUGCCUGUUGUUUUACGUGUGCACGUCCAUGGUCGGGAUGUUGACCAUCCCAUGGACUAUGACGGCGGAAUUGUUCCCAACGGAAAUCCGCGGAAUUGCCCAUUCCAUCAGUUAUUCCAUAGCGAAUCUGCUAAUGUUCGCCGCUUUGCAGAGCUAUAGAAGUUUACAAGCUUUCUUGGGAGGUUCAUAUGCGGUGCAGUAUUUCUUUGCCGGCGUUUCCGUGGGGGCGGCUAUCUUUGUGUGGCUACUGUUGCCAGAGACACACGGGAAGAAGCUGUCAGAGAUCGAGGAGUACUUCCACAACAAUUUUCUGGCUUUGGGAGCGGAAGCUAGGGACAAGCGAAGACGACAAGCCGCGAGGGCUCAGCAAAAGAAAUCGCGGGCUACCGAGCCACUCAAUCCAAAACCUAUGCAAAACGUUUAAGCUUUUUCUCUUAUUUUUCUCUUCGUUCUUUUAGCGUGACCUGCGAAUUUUGUAUGAACGCAGAGUUCGAAUUACCUCGGAGAAAGUAAUCGAAAUAUUAGAAGGUAUCUAAAUCAUACAAUUUUAGUCACAAUUCUUAUACGAUAAAUUUUCUAACUAUAUGCGCUAAAUAACACGUAUGAAAUUUAGUUACGCAAAAUGCCGUUUUGAUACGAUGAUAUAAUUAAAAUAAGUAAAAUUUUUUUGUUCGACGUGAAUCGCAUCUGGCGGGACAAUCGACGGGAAUAUUCGGAGGAGUGUACAGCUUUACAAACGGGACAAUAAAUGAAGUGCGAAGAAAUUAAGUUCGAAACUAAAUCUUAGUUUCGAACGUAAUCUCGCGCCGCGUUGUUUUCAUUUAUUCUCACUUAUUGUUAAAUUUAGAGUUGAUCUAACACUUACCAGUUACGCGCGCCAUUAUCGUAAAUAUAUAAUACGUAUACGAUAAAAGCAAAGGCGAACGAAAAAUGUUUGUUCGAUAUUCCGCUUCUUGUCGGAGAGGUGAUAAGACACGUCGAGAUAUAUUAUUCAUGUAACGUUAACAAUAAUGAGAGAGAAAGAGAGAGAGAAAAGAAAAAAAGGAGAUAUUUCGCGCGGAGAAUAACGCGAGACACUUGUGUUUUGCAAAAAAUUAAUAUAUGCUCCGCGCGAGAAAGUCCAAGCAUAGUGCCUCUACAAUUUUCCUUUUUUUUUUUACGAGAAUUUCGCAUGAGGAUUAUCGUUACAGUAUUAUGUUGAUCUGAUGUCGCGUAAUUAUUAUCACAAACUCGAUCGCGAGAAGGAUUCUCCGCUUUGUCCGAUUCUGUUUCUCGAUUUCGCCGCAAUUUUAUUUCGAUAGCGUAACGGCGAGAUCCCGAGAAGGGACGAAACAAUUUACAAACAUCUACAUACAUGAUUUUAAAAUGUGAAAAUUUAACAAAUUGAAUGGUCACGUAACGAAUGCUCGAAUGUCAUAAUAGAAUAGGAUAAAUUAAUUGCACAGUAAUUGUAGCGUUAAAGCUUUAUCUCGUGAAAGUACAGAAGUAGGUUUGUGAUAACUUUUUCUUCUCAGUGAACAACUUCGCGAACUUGUUGCGAUCGAGAUUUAUUAAGCGGAUAAUCCAUUCGCGUGUGACCCCGUUUACUUACGACCGAUACUUAGAUCGUUCAAGGAAUAUUUAGUUUAGCGUCAUUAAGAACCAUUUAGACGGAGCGAAAUAGUGUUCGAUAAAAUAUCACGGUGGUCGCAAAAGUCAUUACAGAAUUUAAAACGUUCAUAUUUCAUUCAUCGCAAUAUCGUGCAGACUCUUCAACGACAUCAGUACAAAUGCAUUUGUCACUCACGUGUCAACGAUCAGAGGUGUAAUUAAAAAAACAACUAAAUUGUAAUAAAAUAGUAAUUCAAUAAAUUGGUACGUGAAUCACAGAUGGCUUUACACGAUUUUGCAAGAUCGUUCCGUCUAAAUAGAUUUUGUAUUCCGUCUAAAUAGAUGUAAACCCGGCACUCAGUCGACAGAUCGGAAAAAUCGGCGAGCCGAGCUUAAUAUUUUUUGAAAUACAGUACGCCAUAUACAAAUGUGAUAAGUUACAAUAAGAGACAAACCUUCCACGAUUUUCGACUCAUGCCACUUUUAAUACAUGGAAAGAAUAGUUUUUCGAAGUAUCCUAAAAAUUUAGCUAGAAAAUUUUGUUGGACUAUCAAAAUCAUUAUGUAAAACUCAAGUAUGAAAAGCAAUGUUGCAAAGAAUUUUUACAUUCUUACAACUAGCUUGAACAUCCUACAUAAUUAUUGUAUGGUCUAACAAGAAUUAUUUUCAGAUCUGUAGGCAGUUAAACUUUUAGAUACUUUAGCAAAAUCGUUCCUUCUGUGUCAUCUCAUUUCUGACCAAUGACUGGGUUUCAUCGUGGGCGCUAUUCAUAGUCCGAUCUUAUUUAGGAUCACACAAGUACGAAUGAAACAUUUCAAAACGGCCAUUGCAUAAGCUGGGUGUAGACUUGAUAAAAAUUCGAUUUGAAGUUUUGAUUUUAUAUUCAAGACCCUACAAUUAGAUCAUAAUAUUAGAUUUAUUCAUUCGAUCUUUUCUGUAAGACUAUGAACAACGCCCUUUAAUUAAACGAGCGUUUCGAUAGGAAAAGAUGAACAGUUGAUGAAGAAGGAAAGCUUGAUGCAGCCAACCAUAUUGAGCCUACUUUUAUUACAUGUGAUAGUUUUUCAUUUCUUUUUUUCUUGUUUCCUGCAAAAUGGACGAGCUACUAUCUAAUUUAUCUGUAGCGAAGAAUUUCUCUUUCCGGUAUUUGUUCGCGACAAGAGCGACUUUGAAGUUCUUGCGUUUCUGUGAAUAGUUAUUCCCUUUCAUAGCGAACAAAUUCUUAUUCAAAGAUCGUGUUGUACGAGUUUCCGAAGAGCUGGCGAGAUAUUGUUGUGCAAAACACUAUGAAAACGCGAACAAGAUACCCCCACCCCGUUUCCUCCAUGUUUUGCCGCUCUUCUUCAUGUAAACACGAUAAUAUUUAGGUCGAUGUAUAUCGUUACAGCUUCUACUACAUACAAUAUACAUGAUGCCAUUGUUUAUAUUGAACAGUUUAAUAAAGCGUUUGUAAUACACACA